AUGUUGCGCCUCCUCCUCGCGAUCCUGUGUCUUGUAUCUUGUGGGCUGGCCGCCCCCCGGCCGUUCAGGAUCAGGGCCAGAGGGAAUGGCCGGAUAAUCGGCGGCACCACCGCCGACAUAUCCAGCUACCCGUGGAUGGUAUCCAUGCAGGUAAACGGCUACCACUACUGCGGGGCCUCCGUCAUCAGCAGCAACUGGGUGCUGACCGCCGGCCACUGCCUCUACGGCGCCAACAUCGCCACCUACAGUGUGAGGGCCGGCACCUCGACCCGCGAGAGCGGAGGCGUCGUGUCCGCCGUGGCGUACGGCGUUCUGCAUGGCUACUACAACCCCAACACGUUAGACUACGACAUCUCGGUGCUGCAGGUGGCCAGUCCUCUCCCCAUCGGUGGCAACGUACAGGUUGUGGGUCUCCCUGCCGACGGCUACGACCCACCUGGAGGCCUCGCAGUCACCAUCACCGGCUGGGGAUCCACAGCCACCUCGGGCCAGGCGUCACCGUUCAAUCUGAUGAAGGUGGACAUCACCGUCAUCGACCGCGCCAGCUGCGUGUCCAGGUUUGGCGUCACAGAUCGCAUGAUCUGCGCCGGCGAGGCCGGCAAGAGCACCUGCUACGGCGACUCCGGUGGUCCGCUCGUCAGUGGCGGCACUCAGAGUGCUAAGAAACCAAACAGUUAUCUGGUAUUUGGUGUUUUCAACUCAUCAUAA